UAAAAAUAUUACAUUAAUUUACUGAGUAGGACCAAAAAGGCUUUCAUAGUUUAUAUAUAUACAGGAUGGACAUCGCAUACAUAUUCAUCAAAGUCAAGCCUUCCUUUAUCUCUUUCCCUUUAAUUAUACUUCUUCAAUUUUCUGAUAUCAGAUAUGGCGGCAAAGCUAAUAUCCACCGGUUUCCGUCACACUACUUUGCCGGAAAACUAUGUCCGGCCACUCUCCGACCGUCCACGUCUCUCAGAAGUCUCUCAACUUGAAGAUUUCCCUCUCAUCGAUCUCUCUUCCACAGAUCGAUCUCGGCUCGUCCAACAAAUCCACCAAGCUUGCGCCCGAUUUGGGUUUUUUCAGGUCAUAAAUCAUGGAGUCAGCAAAGAAACAAUAGAUGAGAUGGUGAGUGUUGCGAAUGAGUUCUUUAGCAUGUCUAUGGAGGAAAAAAUGAAGCUGUACUCGGACGAUCCAACAAAGACACCGAGAUUAUCGACGAGCUUCAAUGUGAAGAAAGAAGAAGUUAACAAUUGGAGAGACUAUCUUAGACUCCAUUGUUAUCCUAUCGACAAGUAUGUCCAUGAGUGGCCUUCAAACCCUCCUUCUUUCAAGGAAACUGUGAGUAAAUACAGUAGAGACGUAAGAGAAGUGGGAUUUAGAGUAGAGGAAUUGAUAUCAGAGAGCUUAGGUUUAGAAAAAGAUUACUUGAGAAAAGUGCUAGGUGAACAAGGUCAACACAUGGCAGUCAACUAUUAUCCUCCAUGUCCUGAGCCUGAGCUCACUUAUGGUUUGCCUGCUCACACCGACCCAAACGCCCUCACCAUUCUUCUCCAAGACGCUACCGUCUGUGGUCUCCAGAUCUUGAUCGACGGUCACUGGUUCGCCGUUAAUCCUCGUCCUGAUGCUUUUGUCAUCAACAUUGGCGACCAAUUACAGGCAUUGAGUAACGGAGUAUACAAAAGUGUUUGGCAUCGAGCUGUAACAAACACUGAAAACCCGAGACUAUCGAUCGCGUCAUUUCUGUGCCCAUCUGACUCUGCUGUCAUGAGCCCGGCAAAGCCCUUGUGGGAAGCCGAAGAUGACGAGACGAAGCCAAUCUACAGAGACUUCACUUACGCAGAGUACUACAAGAAGUUUUGGAGUAGAAAUCUGGACCAAGAACAUUGCCUCGAGAACUUUCGAAACCACUAGAUACUUUACAUAUUACAUAUAUAUAUAUAUAUAUAUAUAUAUAUCUCCCGUGUUUGUGUUUUGUGUAGUAGGCUUAAAUAUUUACAUAUCUAUUUUCUCCGUUUUAAAAUAAGUGAUUCUAAAUUUUAUUUUUGUUUUACAAAAAAUGUUAUUUUACAUUUUUAAUACAUAAUUUUGUAUAAAUAUUCAAUUUCAACCUUUAACUUUUAUUAUUUUACUUAGUAAAAGAAUGUUUUUUUCAAUAAUUUUUUUAAUUUAUAUGAAAAGUACCAAAAUGACAUAUAUUUUUUGAAAAAGAUGGAGUAUAUAGCAGCAUCGAUGUUUUCGAUUGUGUACUGACACCCUCCUACGUACACGUAUAUCAUUUAAUUAAGACAAUUAUGAUAUCAAUAAUACAGUAAUAAAUAUUGAGUUAGGCAUCUUUCAUUCAAAUAACACCAUAAACUUAAUUGAGAGUUAUUUUUUCUCUCUCACUAUAAAAUACUAAAUCUUCGAUGGCAGAAAGGAUAUGAAUUGUGGGUUCAAUAUGUUUUCACCUCAAAUGCCAUUUAACGGUUUAACUCCAAUAUAAUAAUUUGUAAUUUUGUAUCAAAAUGUUUGUUCUUGCAGUUUUAUAUUAAUGUUAGACUUUAAUAUUACAUUUUGUUUUAAUGUGUAGUAGCACAUUGUUUCCCAUUGGUUUUCCCUCUUUUGAAAAGGGACCAGAAAAUGGAUGAAUUUAAACCUUUUGACGUAAGAGACAAGCAAUUAAAUAGUCUAUGUAUUUCUUAGCCGGGUUUUCCGCGCGCAUUUGUCACCGUCUAUAAUUCUUUAUUUAAAAGUUUCUGAUAUUCGGAAAAUGAUGUAAUUACAAAUGGAGAUGAAUCUUCUCGAUCUGCCGGAAGAAUGCAUCGCCGCCGUGAUUUCUUUCACCAGCCCACACGACGCCUGCCGUAUCUCCGCCGUCUCCAAAUUACUUCGCUCCGCCGCCGAUUCCAAUGCCGCUUGGGAGAGAUUUCUUCCCGCGGAAUCUCGUCUGUUGAUCGAUCAGUCUCUAUCUAGGGCUUCCAACAAGCAGCUCUUCCUCCGUUUCUGUGAAUCACAUCUUAUUACCGACGAUGGCAGAACGAGCUUUUGGAUGGAAAAGAGAAGCGGAAAGAAAUGUUGGAUGUUAUCUGCGAGGAAACUAGAGAUCGUUUGGGUUGAUUCUCCUGAAUACUGGUUAUGGAUUUCGAUUCCCGAGUCUAGGUUUGAGGAAGUUGCAGCGCUUCUAAUGGUAUGUUGGUUCGAAAUCAGAGGCAAAAUAAGCACAUCGCUUCUCUCACAAGGCACCGUUUAUGGAGCUUACCUUGUUUAUAAGGAACAAGAAAUGGGAGCAUUUGGGUUUCAGUCUCAGCCUUUGGAGACGAGGUUUGGAUCCACAAGAACCCAUCUCUGUAAUGAUGGAAGAGUGUUCCUUGAGUCGACUCGUCCUCCUAGGGAAGAUGGGUGGUUGGAGAUUGAACUUGGCGAGUGUUAUGUAGGUUUUGAUGAUGAGGAGGAGCUCGAAAUGAGAGUCUUGGAGACGAGAGAAGGUGGUUGGAAAGGCGGAAUCUUCGUUCAAGGGAUCGAGAUUAGGCCCAAAUGAAAAAUGAAGAUGAAGAAGUGAAGAACUUCGACUUUAUACUCUUCUGUUUUGUAAUCGAACCUUCUUCUUUCUUUAUGGGCUUCGUCUCUUUUUUUAUUUGGCCCAACUCUUCUGUUUUAACUUGUAUGCCUAUUCUUGUGUAACCCAAACCUAAAAUUGAUGGGAUUCGUUGGAUCGUAGGAAAACGGCCCAAAUCAUACAGCCGUCCAUUACGAUGCGGAUGGGCUGUGUAAUUUAGGAUUAUGCACUAAUUAAAGUUAAUCUAGUUAAUUUCUUC